CUAUUCAACCGAUGUUUUUCCUUUAACUAUAGACUACGCCGACUUCAUGGAUUUGUUUUUGCCUUUUUGUAUUCUUCUUAUUUAUUUAUCACUUUCUUAGCAUCUUGCGCCAAUUGUUCCUUUCUCUACCAAUUAGAUGAAGAGUCUUCCCUUCAAGUGAUCCGUUUAGAUGUCUCACGUACAUUUCCAAUGCUUGGCGUUUUUCAAUCAGAAGGCUCACAUCAGCGAAAUUUGCACGAUCUUUUAGCAGCUUAUGUGGCCUAUCAACCGACGUUGGGAUAUCUUCAAGGCAUGUCUUUUAUUGCGGCAAUUCUACUCAUUGUUAUGGAUGAUAUCUACGCUGCAUUCAUCGCCUUUGCUACCCUCAUGAAUCGACCCAGCUUCUAUGCGUUCUAUGCUUUAGAUGAAUCAGAGUUCGCAGCAUAUUACGAAACUUUCGAUACGUUAUUGGGGGAGAAAAUGCCAAAACUUUCUUCUCAUCUGAAAACUUGCCGAUUGGACAGUAAACUAUAUCUCUUUGAUUGGCUCUUCACAGUCUUUAGUCGGAGUCUCCCAUUGGAAGUGGACUUACGCAUUUGGGAUCUCUUUCUUCGAGAUGGAGAAGCCGCUCUUAUCUUAGCCGCCUUGGGAAUUCUGAAAAUGUAUGAAGAUCAACUCCUUCUUUACGAUUUUGAUCAUCUCGCAUCUUUUCUUACUGGUCCGAUGCCUGAAUCCAUGUCACCAGAUAUUUUGUCGGAAUCCAUGCGCUCCUUCGAUCUUUCUACUGCUCACAUAAAAGAGGCCCUUAAAAAGGCUAGAACCUUAGUGGCAGAAAGUGACAACAGGAGGACUGGCCAAUCGAGUCCACCUAGUGCAUAUGACCCCAGAGCACCAUUAGAGACUACUCAAGAUAGUUCGAGAAAUUUACGUUCUAAAUGGAGUCUAAGGAAUCUUCGAAUCAAGCAAUUGAACGGUACCAGUAGCCGUAAAAGUAACAGCGAGAUUGGGCAUCUAAAUAAAUCUACUUCCUUCCGGCAGAAAAACUCGUCGUCUUUUUCCGAUGCAAACCACGCUGUCACUUGCUUAAUAACACCUUGGAGUCAAGAUGUGUGCCUAGAGUAUCCUAAACGUGAAAUGUUAUAG